CAAGACCAUUAUGACCACAGUCCGCUCCUCGAUCUUCCCAACGAGCUAAUCCUCAUGGGUGCGAGCUUUCUAGACCAGGAGUCUCAGCUCCUGCUGAGCCUGUCGUGUCGACGACUUCGUGCUCUUCUCAAUUCCCACCUCGACUUGAUGCUUAAUGAUGAUAGGCCCACCAAGGUACGGUUUCCACAACUUCUGGAACUCGACCACCCGGUAUAUCUGACAUGCCGCUCCUGCGGCCUUCUGUAUCCCUGGCGGAAGAUGGACUUCUUCCAGUACGAUUGUCCGCGUGCCUUUGUAGGGAUCGUCGACAAGAUAUGGCAGAACUUCGAGCAAGCCGUCACAAGCAUGAUAGUCGGCUCAGAGAAAUUCGAAGUGUUCAAGUGUUCCUUCUGCGAGACUGGCCAUCAAGUACACGUGAAGAAGGGCGAGGGGGUCCGGACAAGGAUCGUUCUGAAUGUUUAGAGAAACUACAGACAAAGGCACGGAAACAGGCUGUCAAAUGAGCAGAUCUUUCAUCGAGCUCCUGUGUUGCGGCUUGAUGCCGAUACAGUCUCGCAGAGGGACGUACGAGCGGCUUUUGAGUCCAAAACGGGGUGUACUCUAACCAUUGAAAACAAGGUCGCAAAGCAUGGCUCGAAGACAAGGUGCUGA